AUGCCCGCCUUCGCGCAGUGCGUCAUCACGAUUCAAAGUUUUGGCAGCACACAAGGAUCGAGACACUGCAAAAUCGCAAGCGCGCAAGCCGGUUGGCUACACAAAGUGCCGAGCGUCUGCGGGGGGGGGCCAACCCUGCAGUCAACAGGGGGUGGAGCUGUCACCGUCCCAGCAAAGCGUGGGAGGAAACAUGAAACCGCCAAACGAGGCCCUCCGUUCACCACGACUGCAACCUCCAGUUUCAACGUCCAAAUGGUACACAUUCGAUGCCAGAUGGUCGUGCAGCGUGGUACAAUGUGUACCUUCUGCAGCCUGAUUCGUCCCCUGGCCCGCUGA